UAUUUCCGGUCACGGUGGUUCUACGUGGAGUGCUCGAAAAGUAAUAGCAAAAAUUACAAAGUUUCAUUAAAAGUCGAAUCACAGUUAUUGACAACAAAAAGAUCCGAUCCGGCGCCACUUUUAUUCUUCUCGUUUAGUCCCGGUGAAGCUGAAGAUGUCGUUUAAAUACAGGAAAAUGUAGUUAGCUCCGGGAGGCUAACCUGAGCUAAUCCGCUAACAGGUGAAACUUCAGCAAAUCCAGGUGGAUACAUGAGUCGAGUGACGCGAUAAAGGAUGCUGCAGGUUCCAUACAGCAGCCUGGAGAGGGACCGGCCGCUGGUUCGAAUCCCUUUCACGAUCUUCGCUGUCGGGACGGUGAUGCUGCCGUUUGGGGGCCUCCUGAUCUGUCUCACGGUUACCCUGAUGUACCACUACGACGACGCCACCUACACACACUGUGAGGUGAGGAACUACCUGCCCUCCAUCAGCUCUGCGAUCAGCCGUGUCCCAGAGCGUUACAUCUGGAGAGGGUUCAUUGGGCUUCACUCGGCGCCGCGUUACCUCGGCGCUGCAGCGUAUUUCACCUUUUACUACCGACACUUCCACAGUCGGAUCCUGGAGCUGCUUCUGAGCGUGGUCACUCUGCUCCUCAGCCUCAUAGAGAACACAGGGCUGCUGGUGCUGACGUACGUGGGCUCCACCGAGACGUAUGAGGUCCAUAAAUACGGUUUCAUUGCAUUCAUUGGCAGCUCGCUUCUGUACAUGGUCACAACGCUCCGCCUGUGGUAUGUCAUCCAGAGGCACUCGCUCCACUCAGAGGAAGUGACAUCGUACAGGUGGAAGCUGCGUCUCUUCCUGUUUAAUAUCUUCUGCUGUGCGUGUGCCUUCUAUUUCUUCAGACGGCACAACAAGUUCUGUGAGCACGGAGUUUACACUCUCUUUGCGCUGUUCGAGUACCUGGUGGUCUUCUCCAACAUGGCCUUCCACAUGACGGCCUUCUGGGACUUCAGGGGCAAAGCGGUGAUGAUUGCCACGCCGACGGAGGAUAAACGCUACUGAAUCCACAAAAACAUCCAGACUGAAUGAACUGUUUAUGAAGAGACGAGGUCCAAGGUGCUCGGUGUUCUCUAGUUUUCUGCUGAGAAAAAGGGAAGGUCAGACGUCAGUGGUAGAUUUUGCCUUAAAGCUGCACUAUGGAGCUUUUCGGUUAGGGGUCCGUCACCUGCUUGUUUCUAUGGAUACGUCAUUGCUUUGCCUGGAAUGUUCCACAGUGUGACAAUAAACUGUUCUACCUUACAUUUAUUCAAUUACAGGUGAUUUUAUAGCUCAAAAACCUAGAAAAACGCAUUCUGAUUAUGAAGGGUCGCCUCUCCGCAGAUCUGACCUGUAACUCUGGCCUGGUUGCGCCACCUGCUUCUUUUCAUGGUGUAAGUUAAUGCCAUACUGUGAAACUUUCUUGUCAAAGCAAUGAUAUUUCCUAGGAGACAAUCAGCUGGCAUAGUGCGCCUUUAAAACUCAUGUAAGAAUGGUUAUUUUUCAAGGCACUAAAACCAUUAAAUGUCUGCUAGUUAGAUAUGUUUAAUGCCAUAUUCUGGAAUAUUCUUUAAGCAAUUAAGCAAUAAUAUCUCCAUGGCAACAAGUAGGUUUUGGAGUCUACCAUAAAAGUUACACAGUGUACCUUUAAGCAAUAUAGGACCUUUAACCAUAAGUCAAGUAAAGAAACCAGCAAUAAGACAGAUAAAGAUACACUGUGUAACUUUUCUGGUGGAGCGUUCUAAACCUCAGACCCAAAGUUACCAACACUUGUUAAGACUGUCAAACUAGGGAAAUUACUUAGUUUAAAGGUGCAUUGGAGAGGGAGAGGCGACCUCGCUCACAGUCAGAAUGCAGUUUUUGUUGGUGUUUUUGAGAAAAUCCAGCAGAUUCUCUCCUAAUCAAAGGAGUAAUGUGAAGAGUGAAAGCUGUAACCAAAGGACCAACGGACAUUUCCUUUCAAAAGACGAUUUGUGUAAUUUUGGAUACUAAUAUGUUUAUUACCUCCGCUAAGGAGGUUAUGUUUUUGCCGGCGUUUGUCUGUUUGUUUGUUUGUUUGUUUGUUUGUCUGUUAGCAACAUAACUCAAAAAGUUAUGGACCGAUUUUGAUGAAAUUUUCAGGAUUUGUUGGAAAUGUGAAAAGGAAGAACUGAUUUCAUUUUGGGGGUGAUCCGGAAGAAAUCCUGGAUUCUGGAUCACUUUGAAAUUUUAGUUAACAUUGUGGUAAAUGGGGCCAAAAUUUUGUUUCUCAAUAUCUCGGUUAAUUAUUGACCAAACCCCAUGAAAUUUGACUCAGUGAUGGACAAUGGGAUCUUCUUUCAUAUUCCAAAGGCUGAUCCGGAUCUGAUCCAGAAGACUGAUUUUAUCGCAAUUGAUAUAAAAAAUGGGGGUAGUCCUUGGCGGAGGUCUGCGCUCUCUGAGUGCUUUUCUAGUAAUAAAGCUUGAUUCAAAGCUCA